GCCAUUGGCUCAUCGGCCUCAUUGUUCGGGGUGGGUCAGCUGUUUUAAUUACCCCCACCUGACUUAAUCAGCCCUGAUCGACACUUCUGACAAGAGGUGGCUCGCUCAUUGCAUCAGUGGCGGACCCGUCCCGACAUUGGUCAAACGUGUCGCUACGGGCGAGGCCUGCAUCGAGGGAGUGAGCGAGUGUCCAUUGACCACCGUGACAAUUCCAAGUGUACUGAGCAUUUCUGAGGUCGCAGUGGAGGGGAAACACUUCAAGAUAGCGUCAUGGGGCAGCGUGGGCUCACCACGCUGGGGCUGCUGUGCCUCAAAUGAACCGCAAAUCCUUGACGAUGUCGCUCGCCCCCGAUCCGAGCGACGCGAACGCCACCGCCGCCGUCGUCAGCAGCGACCUCCGCGCAUCUGGCCCGACGCUCCCCGCGUCCCUCUCCACCCCGGACGAUCCCACGGAGGCUUCGCUCGCUCCCAAGGACCAGCUCGAGUCUCUGGAGCUGCUGGAGCGCUUCAAGCCCCUGGUGGUGCUGCUCUACGCGCUCCUCGUCACCGCCGCCAUCGUGGGCAACGUCCUCCUCGUGGGCGCCAUCGCGCGCGUCAAGAGGAUGCGCACCGUCACCAACUUCCUCAUCGGCAACCUGGCGGCGUCGGACGCGCUCAUGUGCGCCCUGUGCGUGCCCACGUCGCUGGCCUACGUGUACGACCCUCGCGGCUGGGUGCUGGGCCGCGGCACCUGCCUGGCCUCGCUCUACCUGCAGCCCGUCACCGUGCACGUCUCCUCCUUCACGCUGGUGGCCAUCGCGCUCGACCGCUACUCGGCGCUCGUGCACCCCCUGCGGCCCCGCAUGUCGCCGCGCCGCUGCGGCCUCCUCGCGGCGGCGCUCUGGCUGCUGGGCGCCGCCCUGGCCGCGCCGGCGCUCGCUAACACCCGCUACGUGCGGCUGCCCGCCGACGACGGCGGCGAGGCGGAGGUGACGCUGUGCGAGGAGCUGUGGGGCGCGCGGCGCGAGCGCGAGCGCGUGGCGCACGCCGCCGCCCUCGUCGCGCUCACCUACGCGCUGCCGCUCGCCGUGGCGGUCGCCGCCUACGCCCGGCUCGGCGCGAAGCUGCGCGCCCGCGUCGUGCCGGGCAGCGUGACGCGCGCCCAGGCCGAGCGCGACCGCCGGCGCCGUCGCAAGACGCAGGGCCUGCUGGCGGCCGUCGUGGCGGCCUUCGCGCUCUGCUGGCUGCCGCUGCACGCCUUCAACCUGGCGCGCGACGUCGACCUGUCGCUGGUGGCGCCGCGCUACUUCGGCGCCGUGCAGCUCGCGUGCCACUGGGUGGCCAUGAGCUCGGCCUGCGCCAACCCGCUCAUCUACGCCUGGCUGCACGGCGCCUUCCGCGCCGAGCUGCGCCGCCUCUUCUGCUGCUGCUGCCGCCGCCGCGGCGCGGCCAAGGCCAAGGCGCAGAGCAGCACGGCCAGCCUGGCCAGCGUGGCCCUCUGAGGGCCCUCAGAGGGCCCUCAGAGGGCCCUCAGAGGGCUCUCAGAGGGCCCGGGGGCCGCCUGGGCCUGCGCUCGGUCUGGGGGGCACCUGGGGCCAGUUCUGCGGCGUGACCUCGUCUGAAGGGUGGAGCGCUACGGCAACUCAUGGGGGCAGCAAGACCCUCCUUGAGACGCACGCACAUUGCUGUGGUCUUGACAUUUAAUGUUGUAUUAAUAUAGGGGGCCAUAUUUAGAGAUUUCAGGACCGUCGCCCCCCCCCCCCCCCUUGGGAAUUGUCUCGAUCUUCCUUUUGACGACGUGGUGAGGGAAACCCGCCACUAGUGUUAAACAAUGUACCAAGGUUUGUUUGACGUGACUUUAGCAGGUGGGGGGGGGGGGGGCAAACCCCCUCCAAUUCGCUAGCCCCCUAAAGCUAGGGGGCUGGUUGAGGCUCGGGGCCACCCAUGCAGUCUAACAGAAUUCAGGGGUCCACAACGGAUUGGAGUUGAGGAGGAUGAGGUGGAUGGUGAUGGUAGAGCUGAGAAUGUGGGGAGGUGGUCACGGGGCCACACAGUGACCCCUCCUGGGCCACACAGUGACCCCUCCUGGGCCACGUCUCGCCUCAGGGGUGAGGGCGGCAGCUUAGCGGGCAGGUGAGUGCUGGGUAGGUGAGCGGAUAGGUACGGUAAGUCGUACAGGUGAAGAGUGUAGGUGAGUGGGUCCACGAGCCAGCAGGUGAGACUGAACAUGAGUGGACGAGUGAGGCGGCAUGGUGAGCGGCAGGACAGUGGGUGAGGUGAGUGGGUAAAGCUGCAGACCAGGCAUCGCGUUGCCCCGGCAACGUCGUGUUUGUGUUGGAGA